AUGCCUCAUACCGACACCGAAGUCCUCCGUCCUCCACAAGUCCUCGCUCUGCCUCAUUUCAAAAGCCGCUGUGUCCUCACCAUCGUCACGGAGCGGCGCUCCUACAACUCUGGCAAUAGCAACCCAUAUCUGCAGGAUGAAGAAGAACAGCUCUUGGUCUGUAAAGGCUAUAUCGAACCCACAUCUUCCCUCAACCACUCCAAGGACCCAGUAAUCGGCACGGGACUCCGUCGGCCGGUUACAGUAAAGCUCUACAUGCCACAGCACGGACACAGUAGCGUCCGAGCUUUCAAGGAUGUAGCAGCGUUGAGCUACGCUCUUCGACGGCGAGAGGGCAAAUCUGCUGAUAUUCCUGAGGUCCUAGCUAAUGUGCACAAGCAUCCUGAUGGGGUUGACAGAAGCCUUCGAGAUGUCAUCGGCGACUUUUGGCCCAGUGUCCUGCACUUUGUCAUCUUCGAGUUCAUGCCACCAGAGAAUUUAUGCGAGGAUCCAGGGGAGAUAAUCAUGCCGCCGAAGAAUGACAUGAGUUAUGUUGGCGUAGGACUGCACAAGACCGAUCCGGAGCGGCUUGCUUCGCCUCACACACCCAAGUACGAUGAAGACGACGAUGACGACUCAUUGUCUUUUCGCAGCCGGGACUGGGUCUACACACCUUCUACCUAUGGCUCGCCACCUAAACGUGCGAUCCCGACUAAUCUGCUGAACGAUGAUGGCGGACUCGAGAAGACGUACAAAGCUUCUGUCGCGAUCUGUGGGACGCCUUUGGCGCUUACGGAGCUCGAUGUCAGCUUGACAUGA